AUGUUGAAUGAGGGGGAGCCCGUAAAGGUUGAAGGGGGACACGUCUCUGUCACAACCAUCAGCAUGUCUGGUCCAGAAACGAGCAAGGGUCAGUUCUCGUACAGUUCGAGCGGUGUACGCAUCAGUGUGUCUUCGGUGCCACAGGACGAAGACUCUACUGAUGCCGAAAUCUCUAAAAUAGAUUUCACGCAGCAUCAAUAUGAGGUCAACAUGAGGAAUAAGAAGAAGCGCUCGUCUGGCGGCCAAUGCGAGCAAAACAGUGAGCAAGAACGGCCCAUGUCAUGGGAAGGCGAACUUUCUGACUCUGAAAUGGUUAUCGACACUAGUGUUAACAAUGAUGAAAACAGUAGUUCUCUUGAUCUGCAAUCGUCUCGGGACUCUAUAGACACGCUUCGCAACGUAACAAUAAAGACUGAGCCUCUCAAAUCUGAAGCUUUCCAAAGUUUGGACGAUCAACGGGUGCUGGAGCUAAAGUACGCAGCUCUACAGUCCCAUCAGAGAAGUCUCAGUAUGAAUAGGAUACCAGUUCUAACCGACAAUACUCUAUCUCUGGCGCGAAGGCCGUCCUCGCCCACAAGUAGUGCCAAAUCUCUCCACUCUGAGUACGACACACCUAUUAUGCAAAACCCUACAAUCGAAGUACAAAACUUGACUAUUAAGAAGGAAACUCAAUUAUCUGAACUCAAAUGUGAACCAUCAGCAGGAAUGGACAAGUUGCUAGGAUUACACGGGUCACCGCUACUAGGGCGUCUACCGAGAGUGCAGUCCAGUGCCAGUACAGAUUCAGCUGUACACUCUAUGUACACGCAUAGUGUAUACAGCAGUCCGUCAGCCAGCCCGCGCCCGUCGCGCCACUACACGCCGUCGCUAUCACGGAACAAUAGCGACGCUUCGCAUUCCUCUUGCUAUUCCUAUAGCUCGGAGUUCUCCCCUACACAUUCACCUGUGCAGAGUCGACACCCACACGUGGUGUACCGCGAGGCGGCCGUGUACCCCGCGUCGCCGGCGCACGACGACGACCCGGACGCGGCGGACGAGCGCCUUCACCACCACCAGGGGAUCAGUAGGCAGCAACUCAUUAAUAGCCCAUGCCCUAUAUGCGGUGACAAAAUAAGCGGUUUCCACUACGGAAUAUUCUCAUGCGAGUCGUGUAAAGGGUUUUUCAAGAGAACAGUGCAGAAUCGCAAGAACUACAUGUGUCUCCGAGGUGGGAACUGCCCGGUCACGGUGGCUACGAGGAAGAAGUGUCCCGCGUGUCGGUUUGACAAGUGUUUGGGGUGUGGAAUGAAACUUGAAGCAAUAAGAGAAGACAGGACUAGAGGGGGCCGGUCCACAUACCAAUGUUCGUACACUUUAUCGGGCGCGUCGUCCACGGGCUCGCUGCUGUCUGCGCACGCGUCGCCCACGCUACGACACGCCUCAAGCCUCACUUGUGUAAACGGCCCAGGAUCAUAUAACAGUCGAGGAGAAUCAAGUAACAGCCGGCUCACCCCUGAUAUACCGCCAUUAUUACAAGAAAUAAUGGACGUGGAACAUCUAUGGCAAUACAACGAGUCGGAACUGAGUCGCAUGAGCAAGUCCACUGGCAGUCCGUCAGCGAACCCGCUGUUGGCGGCCAGCGGCAUCACCGCGCAGAACUCCAGCGCGGACUUUCUCGCUGACCUGUGCAAUAUCGCAGACCACAGACUGUAUAAGAUUGUGAAGUGGUGCAAGAGUUUGCCAUUGUUUAAGAAUAUUUCUAUCGACGACCAGAUCUGCCUGCUAAUCAACAGCUGGUGCGAGCUGCUGGUGCUGUCGUGCUGCUACCGCGGCGUCAGCACGCCGGGCGAGGUGCGCGUGGGCGGCGGCCGCGGCAUCACGCUGCAUCAGAGCGCUAAGUACGGCCUCACUCCAUGUAUAGAACGAAUGCUCAGUUUCACGGACCACCUGAGAAGGCUUCGAGUGGAUCGCUACGAGUACGUCGCGCUGAAGGUCAUCGUGCUUCUUACUUCUGAUGCGCCAGAGCUUCGUGAAGCGGAAAAAGUAAGAGCAUCACAAGAGAAAGCGUUGGCAGCUCUUCAGGCGUACACAGCGACGCACUCGCCGGAAACCCCCGCAAAGUUCGGAGAGUUGCUGCUUCGUAUACCGGAACUGCAAAGAACUUGCCAGUUCUUCAUGCAAGUUGGUAAAGAAAUGCUGAACCCAGCAAACAAAAGUAAAGAUGGCGAUGGUCCUAGCUUCAAUCUCCUAAUGGAACUUCUAAGAGGCGACCAC